AUGCUGAAUUUAUUCUUCUUUGUAACGGUGGCUUCAUUUUUGGUGAGGAUUUAUUUUUCAUAAAGUUACUUUUUCUGCUGGCUUCUAACCUAUAGUAAUUGUUGAAUUUCAGUUAUUUUUUUAUUUAAAAGCUCUCAUUCAUUAUUUUGAAAGUCUAGUCGAAUAUAAAAUAACAACCUUUUUCAAAGCGAAAAUGAAUAUUUCUGCUUUUUUUGUUUUUUUCGAAAACUUAAAAUUUGAAUGUUCGAAAAGCUGAGAAUUCGAAUAACAUCAAAGGAAAUUUUUUUCCUGAAUUGUAUUAAACCGUCAUCUGCUUUUUCAAACUGUGAAUUUUGUUGCAAAAUUUUCUAAGAAUACACCGAAAAACUAUGGCUUCAUGAAUAAAACUGACGGGAAAAACAAUGGUGAAAUCCGGCUCAAUCUUGCAUUUUUCGAAGGGAAGCUGUUGAAUUAACUAUUUUUUAUAAAAUUUAUCCAUUUUAAGGCCUUGAAUCACGCUGCUUCCCCACCGAACAUCUUCAAAAAAGCCCCUCCAAACUCGCUCGUUCUUCUGUCGAUCGUAACAAAUCUUCCCUUCGCCAACAAGUCCAACAAAGACAAUCUCGAGAAGAUUUAUACAGCCGUGAGGGAUUACGAAAAGAUUUUUCAUUUUUCGAGAUCAAUUCAAGUUGAAACCCCUGGCCAGAGAAAAUUACGUUGAAAUGCCGCUUGGGCAGAAGUUGGACAAAGUUGCGAUGAACUCGGGCGGGAAGCUUCUCGUCAAACUUCUUUACAAGGAUUUUUCGGCCAAUUGUGGAGGUGUUAAAAGGUAAUUUUUUUACUGGGUAAAUCUUAAAAAUCUUUUGUUGGUCAGGUAAAUAAUUUAAUUUACCGUAAAUUUUAUAAAUUUAUCAUCUCAUCUCUACCUGUCUUAUAACUUUUUAAAGUUAUUUUUUCAGUGUCGCCAAAGUGGCCAAGACGAGAAUCUCCUAUGUGACAUCGGCAAUCGUCAACUGUGAAGGAACUCGAACGAUAAUUUGA